CCAGCUGACAGCUGAAGGAGUAUCUGGCGGAGUAUCAAUUGGACAAAGAGGGUACCAAUACCAUGUCCAUUAGCAAUGAAAGUGACCCCUUCCUCAGCUUCAGCUUUCCAGAGAUAACCUACAACGAGACAACGUUAUAUGGGAAAGCCAAGGCCAUCAAGGAGUACUGUGAACAACACUGUGGGAAAUAUUUCACAGCUGUAGUUUACAAAAAAGACAGCCGCCCAUCCCGGGUGUUCGAAUAUGAAGGGGAAUUUUUCAGAGAAGAGGAACACGGGGAAUAUGGCUUCUGUGCUUGGAAAGAGAGCUCCACUGGUACGCUGAAGGAAGGAAUAACAGCAGAGGUUUAUGAAGCGUUGGUAGAAUGCUACUCUAAAUGGGCCUCUGUAGACGAAAGGGCGAGAUAUGUUAAUGACAAACUGACUGAAGCCACCGGCGUGAGUGGGCACUGUGUUUGGUGCAUUUCGUCCAGUGAAUCCGACGACUAUGCCAUAGCACACAGUUCCAGGUUGGGUUAUAACCACGCUACUGACUCUAUCAAUGAUUAUAUCUACUAUGUAUACAUGUAUUGA